AUGAAGACCCCAGCAGAGCAAGUCGACGAGCUCAAAUAUUGGCUAGCUACUGCACCAGUAAACUGGGAGCCUGACCAGAAUAUUCGCCGUUAUCUUCUUCCCACUGGUGAAUAUAUUUCAUGCGUCCUCUGGAAUAGCCUCUAUCAUAUAACAGGUACGGAUAUUGUACGAAGUUUGGUGUUCCGCUUUCAAGCUUUCGGUAGACCCGUAAAGAACAUAAAGAAGUUUGAAGAAGGAGUGUUCAGUGACCUACGAAACCUGAAGCCUGGCAUGGAUGCUUCUCUUGAAGAGCCAAAAUCAGAGUUCCUUGAAAUGCUAUAUAAAAAUAACUGCAUACGUACACAAAAGAAGCAAAAAGGAAUAUCACCUAAUUCAUCUGCGUCCUCUUCACCGCAACUACGUAGCCUAAUGUAUGACGCAGUUCCUCCAAUAGAACCUGCAAUAAUCAAGACUGACGACCCAUCAGGCAUUCAGCAGUGUGAUCAAGCUUUGGUAAAAAGUCAAAUGUAUCCAUCUCCGGACCUAAGUUAUUGUUCGAUGGAUGAGCUUUCGAAAGGGUCAUUCGAGGCCAGUUCACCUCAAGAGUAUUUCGUUUCUGAUUCUCCAUGGAGUACCUCGACCUUGGAGGACCAAUAUGUGGAUAGUCGUCACUCAUCACCCGACGGAUUCUCUCAAGCGAUUGUUCCUUCAUCAAAUGCCUAUAACCUUAUUCCUGCCAUGUAUGUGGAAAGAGGUUCUCUAGAUCUGACAAUUUAG